AUGAAGCGACGAAGAAUGUCUGCAGAAUGUGAAAUGGAUCAUUCAUAUGCCAUGCCUAAUGUUAAUGAUAAUUCAAAUGCACUGUUGAAAAAAAUUCAAAAUGUCUAUGCCAAUAAACUUUUGAAUGAUAUUACCCUUGUCGUGGGUGGAAUAUCGUAUCCUGCUCACCGCUUCAUGUUGUGUAUAUCCAGCGAUGUGUUUGAGACUAUGUUGAUGAACUCAACAUGGAGUGACUCGCAUCAAGAAGUCAUUGAGCUACAAGAAGUGCCACAGUGUAUUGAAGUAUUUCCAGUUUUUCUACAAUAUUUUUAUACAGGUGUAAUAACGCUCGAACAGUCUAAUAUUAUGCCAAUGCUAGUGUUGGCCGACAAGUAUAAUGUCAAGGAUCUUACAGCACUAUGUGUUGAAUAUAUGUGUGAACAUAUAGCUGAUGCUGCUGACCAGGGUCAAUUAGUAACUUGGUUUCAAUAUGUAUUGUCAUUAAAUCAACCAACUACAAUUAACGCAUUAUAUUAUUGUAAAAUUUGGCAAGAUACUGAGUGUAUGGACAUUAAGCCACCAUGGAAUAAAUUACUUAAAGCAUGCAGAAAUUAUAUAAAAUGGAAUCUUGAUUCUUGUAUCAAAUGCUUCAAUACAUUUCAAUGCGAUAUUCUUGUUGGUCUAUUGAAACAGUCUGAUCUUGUGAUACAUGAUGAAAUGCAGUUGUUUGGAUGUGUUGCAUCAUGGUUAAACUACCAGUCUGCAGAAAAACUACUCGAAUGCAAUGAUCCAGAUACAAUUGAAGAUUACAUGAGUUCCUUAACAGAACAUGUUAUGUCAUUCAUUAGAUAUCCAAUGAUUCUUCCUAGACAGAUGGCCCAAUUGUUAAUGGUACCUGUUGUCAAACAGAAUAAAGACUUUUUUGUUGAUAAAAUGGCGGCAGCCAUGGAGUACAAUUUGGUUAAAAUGGAAAAACGAUCAGAUACUGAACAUAUAUUAGAAUGUACACCAAGAUUGUACACUUGUGAAAGAUGGGGAAAUUCUUUUAGAGUACGCACAAAAACUAUCCCAAACUACCAAUCUAUUAAGCGAGACAUUGUGACCCGUAGCAGUCUUUUUGACCGAGAACGAGAAGUUGACGAAGAAUCUAAUUGGGAAAUAGAAAUGUUCUUGAAAGGUAUGUGUUUUGGCAAGGCAAUGUUGAUGUCUUGGCGUGGUUCGAUAGAGUUGCCAGAAGUAAUUAUAAAAACUGUGCGUGCAACAAUUAAAAUGAAAUUACGACCGGAAGAUAUUGGAAAAGUUGCUCGUCAUGUCCGUGUUGCCAUUCUGGUGUACGCUGUUCAGAAUAAAAUUGUUCAUGUUGUGACUGUUGUACAAAAGGUUGUAUUGUUUGACACUAAUCAAAAUCUGAUAACUAUUGAUGAUUUGAUGGUGUAUGAUGCAGUUAAUCAACCGACAAUCAAUGAAGACUUAAUCCACAUUAAUGAUACUAAUGUCUCAUACUUUAUGUCAGACAGGAUUCCAUUAAAGUUCCAUGUUAUAAUUACUCCUAUUAUACCUGGUCUGACUGAUACUCACAUUGGAACUAGAAUACAACAUGUACACAUUUAA